AUGGGUAAUUGUUGCUCGACAUGCUCGAAAAAAUUUCGAUCGUUAUUUCGAUUUCGAAAACGUCAACACAAUGUGUGGAUGAAUAAUUUGUGUACUAAACCCGAGUGUCUUCCGAAGCCACCGACCAGUGAUGAGAUUGGGGGAGAUUUCGAUAUUCCAAUGUUGACAAUCCUGAGAUUAGACCCGCUGACUUCCGAAAAUGGAGAAGCGCACAACACGUCGCGGUACGAAAUAAUGAACCGCAAAGAAGGCGACUCGCGACUGGUGGUCAGACGUGGACAGGAAUUUUUCCUGAGGAUUUUUCUAAAUCGAGAUUACGACCCAGAAAUCGAUGGAGUGUCGAUCGUGUUCACGCUUGAUGGGAUUAAAAAGCCGAAUUACGGGCAUGGGACUUUUAUGGUUACACCUUUGCUGAGUCCCGGAGAAGAGUCCGAAGACGCAUGGCACGCAACUUUAUUCGCCAAGGAAACUCAGGCCAUUGUGAUAAAAGUAUCUUCACCAGCAGAUGCGCCAGUCGGCAAAUGGAAAAUGGAAAUAGACACGAAGCACAAAAUUUCCGGUGGUGCAAUAAGUUUCAAUGUCAACGAACCGUUUUAUUUAUUAUUUAAUCCGUGGUGUCCAGAGGACGUAGUUUUUAUAGACGACGAAGCUAAGCGUCAUGAAUACGUUUUAUUAGACACCGGUUUAAUUUGGCGUGGAAACAAAAACACAAUAAGCGCAUCGCCAUGGAACUUUGGACAGUUUGAACGUGAUAUACUGGACUGCGCUUUAUAUUUAAUGUCCGAUAUAGGAUCUGUUAGAGCGUCGUCACGUAACGACCCGGUUGUAAUAUCGCGAGUACUUACAGCGGCAGUUAAUUCCAAUGAUGACAAUGGCGCUCUGAUGGGCAAUUGGUCGGGCGAUUACAGCGGAGGAACAUCACCGACCAAGUGGCUAGGCUCCGUUAAAAUUCUCCAGGAGUUCUACAAAACCAAAAAGCCAGUCAAAUAUGGCCAGUGUUGGGUCUUCGCUGGUGUCCUUGCUACUGUUUGUAAAACUUUGGGUCUGCCGUCUAGGGUUGUCACCAAUUUCUCCAGUGCCCAUGAUACCCAAGGUAGUCGCACUGUCGAUUAUUUUGUUGAUGAAAAGGGAAAUAUUAUGGAAGAGCUGACUACUGAUUCCGUCUGGAUGCAAAGAAAAGAUCUUGGGUCGGAUUGUGAUGGUUGGCAGGCAAUUGAUUCAACUCCGCAAGAAGAAAGUGAAGGUUCUUUCCGUUGUGGGCCGACUUCGGUCGCCGCGAUUAAAAAUGGUGAAGUUAUGCGACCUUAUGAUGGAGGCUUUUUGUUCGCUGAGGUGAAUGCUGAUAAGGUUUAUUGGAAGUACAAUGGACCUACCCAACCCUUGAAAUUAGUGUCUAAGGAUACUCAAGGAAUCGGCCAAUACAUAAGUACCAAAGCAGUCGGAAUAUGGGGUCGCGAAGAUCUCACCCAGGACUAUAAAUACCCCGAAACUUCGAAUAAGGAACGAGAAGCCAUGUUAAAAGCUCUGCAACAGAGCGAGUCUAUAUUCAGUCGCUACUAUCUUAAUGAGCAGUUCAACGAUAUUAUUUUCGAUUUUAAGCUUAUCGAUAAUGUUCUCGUUGGAGAUCCUUUCAGUGUGGUACUAGUGAUGAAGAAUCGCAGCAAAGAAAACAAAUACCGUGUCUCGGUGAUCCUGAGAGUAGACGUCGUUCUAUACACGGGAAAAGUUGGUGGUCCGGUGAAAACUUUUGAAAUAGAUCGAAUUAUUAAGCCAGGUGCUUUUGAAACAGUCAAGCUUGAUGUAUCAUGGGAAGAAUAUGGUCCAAGAAUGCUAGACCAGUCUGCUUUUAAUAUCGCUUGUUUGGCAAAUGUCAAGGACACUAAUUUUGAGUACUAUGCUCAAGAUGACUUCCGUGUUGUUAAACCUAUUAUUGAUGUUGACAGACAAUCGGAAGCCGUGGUAGAUUACCCGCUAGAAGCGACGGCAAGUUUUAUCAACCCUCUACCAAUUCCGCUAACAAACGGAAAGUUCUUGAUCACAGGUCCUGGUUUGGACACUCAAUUAAAAAUCAGAGUAAAUAAGGAUAUUUUGCCUGGAGAAAAAGCCAGUUGCAAAUUUUCAAUGACGCCAAAGUUUGCUGGACGCAGUACAAUUGUUGCUAAAUUUUAUUCUAAGGAACUUGAUGAUGUUGAUGGAUUUGUUAAUUUUAUGGUAUUAGCUGUCCCUGUGACUAAUGGAUACCAUUGA